GCGGAUGCCAGGCGGUUGACCGCGAGAGGUGACGCGUGACGGAGGCGCUCGUGAGGGGGCGGGGCACGCUGCCGGCCGUUUGAACCUGGCGGCGGGACAUGGCAGCGGCUGCGAACGGGAGAUGGAUGUCAUUUCAGAAGCCACAGAUGGCCUUGAAGUCAAGGAGCCUAUUAUUAGCAGUAUUGAAAAUAGGUCCUCAGUCGACAAGAAGCAUUUAAUCCACCAAAAACAAGAAGCAGCAAUGGACCCAACCUUCAGGACACCAGAUAAGCUCAAGACCCCAAUGGAUUUUUCUAACAUAACAGUGGAGCAGCUUGGAAUUACCCCAGAGAGUUUUGUGAAGAAUUCACCAGGAAAAGCCUUGCUAAAAAAAUCAAGACGCCGUUCCACAAUUGGAGUCAGAGGUUCACCUGAAACAAAUCUUCUCAUCAGAUACAUUGCUCAGCAAAGGAAUUUUAGAAAUGCAAAUGAAACUCCUUUGGCAGAGGCUUCUCCUUCAAUACAGCAGGCCAGCCCUUUUCGAAAUAGAAAUGGUGAUUCGUUAAGAGAGCGAAUUUCUGCCUUCCAAUCUGCUUUUCACCCAGUAAAGGAAAACGAAGGAAAGUCUGGACAUUCAGGGCCACAGGGAGAAUUUCAGGCAGCAAACUGCACUAAGAACAAAAGUCCAAAACGUUGUGAUCAGCCCAAGCUGUGUGGAGAGUUACCAUCCAAGCGUAGGCGAAUAUCUUACCAGAGAGACUUAAAAGAAAAUAUAGCUGAUGGUGAAAAAAAAUUGACUGACAUCCAGAUAUGUCAUAUUGCUACUUUUCCUGACACAAAGAGAACUUAUAGCUGUGAAACUUCUACGACAGAUCACUCUAAGGAAUCUUCUUUUGAUCUGUCCAUUGUUGCACAGUCUGGAUGCUUAGUCUUAGAGGAUACUCCACUAAACAGUCUCUCAGGAGCUACAAGGGGAAAGGAAGUCACUGGAUGUGCAGAGGAAGAAAUAGCAAGUAAUGCUGCAUCAAGCCAUUGUGGAAGGAGAGGCAACUUUGAGAAAGAACUGAGCACAGAAACAUUCAGUGAAACCAUGCCACCAAUUGCACCUGUGUACAAGGGGGACCUUUCAUCUUGUGAGUCCUCCUUCCUUCGCUCUGUGCUGAAGAAAACCCCUGUGAAGCUGCUUCUGGAAAGCUUACAGGAACAUUGUGACACCACUGGUUUUGAGGGAAAGCAACCAUUCUCCUUCUCAGAUCUUUCAAAGGGUUGUGAAGAGCUGAAAAACGAAAAAAGCAAUUUAAAAGUCCAAAAAACAUGGCCCAGAAAGAGAGUUACUUUUGGAGAAGAGCUAAGCCCAGAAGUAUUUGACGAAUCAUUGCCAGCAAAUACCCCACUGCGUAAAGGGGGCACACCUGCUCGACAACAAGAUGGAAGAAGCAUUCAUCCUCCCUUUUUCCCAAGACUGCCCAUUUCGGAGGCAAUAUCUCAACCAAGCUUUGAAGAGCCAGAACAGGACCUUGUAAACAUGGAACCACUUGAAGUGUCUUUUGCAGUUCUAGGACCUGCUAGUGAUUCUUCAUCCACUGAAACUCUUGAAGACACUGAUGCUGUUAAUUCAAAUAAAUGUGAAAAAAUUUCCCUCCCCAAAGUUGAUAGAAUAACACGAUCUGCUAGCAAAAGAAAGCAAUUGGUCGAUGUUACUGAAGAGGCUGAUAUUAGCAACCUAGUUAACAUAGAUGUUAAGAAUGAUAGAGAAAGGAAACCCAAUAGAAAGAAGGCACAAGGAACAAAGAACAUGAACAGAACAGCAUCCAAAAAGAUACAAGUAUUAAAAAAUUGCAGAAGGAGAAAAGGAAAGGGAAAGAGUUUACAGAAAUCUUUCUAUGGACUAAGAGAGGUAGCUUCUAAGAAGCCUCUUCUGAGUCCUAUUCCUGAGAUUCCGGAGAGCCCUUCUACCACAAUGCCCAUCUCACAAAGAAUGCCGCUUCUGUGGUGCUCAGAUUGUCUUGACUUGCCAAAAGAAGAUUAUGACGCUUCCAAAGAUGGAGAUGAAGAUGCCAGGAACUCAGAACCAAAUAAACCAGUUGGAAAACCUGGAAAUAAAUAUUUGUCCGAGAACCCAGAAACCUCUGAUCCAUCUCUAGUUUACGAAGAAAAUGAUGCCUCUGAACACUCCGGUUCUGAUAUAGAAAGUGACUCAUCCCUUGGUCCUGUGUCUUUUGACCAGGGUUCAAAUGUAAGUACGAUAGCAGUUUAUGGAGGUGGCCCUAUUCAACAUGCCGACAAGCUGGAGCAUCAAGACCAUGCGAAGAAAAGGACUAAGAACCAAAAUGUCUGUCUUCUUUCUCCAGCGUUAACUCUUCCAACAGAAGAAGAAAUCACUCCAAUUGUCCCCAAAUCCAGUUUUUUUCUGUUGCAGCCCCUGCAGUCUCCUGCUCUUAUUCCAAAUGUGGAAAGUGUUUGUGACUCAGAAGGCUUUGACAACACACAGCAAGUAGAAGAGCUCAGGGCGUCAUGUGAAGAGCCAAAGGACGCUUCAAUAGCUUCUGAAGAAAGACUGAAGAUCAGUCACGUCGCAGACGCUCCCAAGGCAGAACUGAACCCUCUAGAAGACGCCGAUAUGAAUGAAGACCUGGAACAAACCCUGAGUCACAACCAGGAGCUGCAACCAAGAAAACCAAAAGCAAACAGUGGCAUCUUAACUUACAGAAAUCUUAUAAAGAGACGGAGAAGAAGCUCUAUUUAUUGUCCGGCUGAUCAGAAGAUCCAUUUCGAAGAACCUGAGAAUCAGCUACGUCCCUGCCAGCCAAUGGAAGAAUUACCUUUUGACAAUUCUGAGCUCUUGAACAAUUUAACCGAAUCUAUCAAACAAGCCUUUAGGAGAUUGAGCACUAGUGAGACAAGAGUAAGACGCAGCACAAGAUUUCGAAGAAAUUCAGAAAAUCAGGGUCUCAUUUGGGUUUCACUUCCAGGCCCCUCUACUUCCUUUCCUUCUCACAAAGCCAAAAGGAGGACAGUGUGUUCAGCUGGUACCAGAGAAUUUGAAAACCAGGCCUACACACAAGGGCCUUGUCUUUUGUCCUCUAUCUCAGGCAGAGAAAACUCUGAGAAUGAGUCCAUGCCUGGUAUUUCCCACGGAGCUAGGAGGAAGAGCUUUUGUGCAUCUGCUCUUUCAGAGACCAGAAGUGCCUCCCGACCCAAAUACUACAGGAGAACAACCCUCUCUCAUAGGAAUGAGGAAAACCACCCAAAUGACUUUGAAAAAAUGGAAGUACUGGAGAAUCCAAACAAUAUCUGAUAUUUCCAGCAUUCGUUCUGUAAGGGGGAAGGUAACUAUAUGUUUAAGAGAUUGUUUCUUCGCACUUGGCAUCCUUUAGAAUGCUUCAUUGUUCGGUAACAUUUCUUUUGAAAGGUUAACAAACUAAACCAGUUAAAAAGAGAUGUUAAGUGUGUCUUCAUAUUUAACCUUUUUAAGGAAAGUAAUCCAUUGUUUUUCCUUCAUAAUGAUGUUUUAGUGAGACUGAAACUAAGAACCUCAGUUUUAUUGAGUAAUAUCCAAAAUUACCUAGAAAUUCAGUGGUGUUUUUAGAAACGCUCCUUUGGAUAUCUAAAUCUGACUAAUUAGAUAAUGGGGGUCGGGGAGUAAAUAGUUAUAAUUGAUAUCCAUUAUAUAGUCAGAAAGGGCUUUGAGUAAAUUGGAAUCAAAUUAACCUGAAGCUGUAAAAAUUAGUGAGAAGGGCCAGUGUUCAUUUUAAAAAUACUGUAAGAAGGCUGGGACCGUUUUUCUAAAUAUAAAAAUGGAUACUUAUAAAAUUUUGUCCAGGAAGUAAAAAAAAUAUUUUUCUUAGGCAGUUGAUAAAAGCUAAACUUCACUUUGCUUGCAGAUUUCAGAAGCUUGAUAAUGUUAUGUCUAUCUCCAGUAAAAAUUGUACAUAAAGUUAUUAAAAUUUAAUCUGAAUUAUAUCACAUUUAAAAUAAUUUUUCCAGUGACUUGCUUUCAAAAAACAAAUGUACCAUUGAGGGUCUUUUUAAAAUGAGUUUGUCUAGAAGGCAUUGUUUGCUUUCAACUCAGCUAUCCAUAUUUCUUCAGAUAAAUAGGUUGUUGGCUAAGAUGUAGUAUUUUGUAAUUCUUGGCACCAACUUCACCCAGAUAGUUACAACUAACUCAGAAGCAAAUGGAAGAUGUUCUUCUCAACACAAAGUGAUGCUAUCACGUUUAAUUUGCAGUAAAAACUUUAAAAUGAUGUUAAUUGGUUGGGCCCAAGAAAAAUGGCCUGCUGCUGUGUGCAUGGCAAGAGGUCCAAAUUUGCUCUUAAGAAGCAGCAUCCUUUCCUUUAUCCCAUGGCAUUUCCACUCCAGGGCUUCCGCUAGCACCAGAGUGAGCUUAGCUUCUCUUCGUUGAGCUGAAGUCUCAUCAGAUGCUAGGUGAACGGGCACGAAAAAACCCUGGUAUGUCUUGAACUUAUAAAAAUCCAUAUAAAUCAUUGUGUCAUUAAACAGUUUUCUUUGAAGUCCUAUUCAACCUUUCUACCAUGAUAGCAGAAACUUGUUAACAAAUAGAACUCUUUAUAAAUAACACAACAAAGAAAAAAACUCCUGCUGUGAUGGAGCAUUUUUUUCCCUUCUGUAAAGAGACUACGUUACCUUCUUGGCACCAGUAGGUCUGGGACUCCUGCUGCUAAGACUAAUGUAUUUUACAUUAACACUCAAAGUGAUCCCAACUCCUGCUAAAGGGUGGAUUGUCCAAAGCUUGUUUUUUUGCAAUAUAAAACAUUUAUGGGCUUUUUUUUUCCUGUUUAUGGUUGAUAUGGUUAGCAAAUCAUCUGUACCUCAAAAACAGUACUCAAUUUCCUGUUAAAUAUAUAUUUUUUAAUUAGUCAGGAGCUCUCAAUAUCUUAUCAGUCUUUUGUUUCUUAAUUGUUUAACAUGAAGGUAAAACUGCUCUGACAUAAUCUAUAAUGCUUCAGUUUUCUCCAGUCUAAUGCUUCAUCAGAUGACUUUUUAUGUUUGUGAAUUAAAGUUGUAUUUUCUCUGUUUCAAUUCCCAGCCUUUACUAACAGGGAAGGGAAAAUAUUUGCUAUGUGUCUGUUUUCUUUAUCUCCUACUGAUCUUUCACUGUAAACUUGUUUGUCUUUUUAUGAUUAAAGAUGAAAAUAAAAUGUUGUAUACACUUUUAGAUUACUGUUGGUUUCCAAAUGUUUCAUUAUAAAUAUUUUACUUGGUUUCUGCAGAUAGCAAUAGGCAGUUUUCCCCAAAACAGAAGAUCUGAAGAACUAAAGCAACUUAGAAGCAAUUUCAUCCAACAAACUCUGUGUUGUAAAAUGUUUAAAUGUUAAGAUUUCCGUAUUCGAUCAUGCGUGCUUGCUUUUACUGUUUUUUCAUGGGUGGUCAAACAAAGAUCAUGAUGUACUUAUGUUGUGUGCAUUUUUUCUGACUGCCUUGCCAAACAUCUUCACUCUUAGUACAUUUUCUCGAAAUCUCUCUGUAUCGAAUCUGUGAAUUGCUUUUUGUAUUGAUGUAAAUUCUUUUGGGUACCAGAAGAUGGCAGCCUGACGUGAGGCUUUG